UCUUAUCCGAUGAAAUGGAUUCUUCCAAACAAUAUCCAGUGAAAAAACGAGUGAAAAUUCAUCCCGACACUGUGACAGUGAAAUAUAGUUCUUAUUAUCCACAGCCUGGAGAAGAAGGGCAUGAGGAACCUAGUGAAGAUAAUGAGAGUUUUACAGAAGAUAAUCCAAAAAGAAGAUUGUUGAGUGAUGGACAACGAACAGGAAAAUCUUUCUUUGGAACAAUUGACAUUCCAUUUCAGACAGAAAAGAAGUUAGAAGUCAACAAGAAUGAACAAGGCCAAGAUUUUAUAGAGGGAAGCAUUUUUCAGUCCAGAAAAACUUGGGCUGUGCUUUUUGGAUCUGCUUUGGCCCAUGGUUGUGUAGCUGUGAUAACUAGACUUGCUGCCGAUCGUUCCAAAGUGCCAUCUCUUGAACUGAUUUUCAUUCGUUCUGUUUUACAAGUGUUUUCUGUUUUAGUAGUGUGCUAUUACCAUGAAGACCCUUUUGGACCAAAAGGCCAUAGAUUGAGGCUAUUCUUCUAUGGAGUAUGUAAUGUUAUUUCUAUUACCUGUGCUUAUACUUCCUUUGCAAUUGUUCCUCCAAGCAAUGGGACUAUUAUGUGGAGAGCUACCACUACUGUUUUCAGUGCCAUUUUAGCAUUUUUACUAGUGGAUGAGCGCAUGGCUUAUAUUGAUGUAAUUACUGUAGUGAGUAGUAUCUUUGGUGUUUGUUUGGUCAUGAUCCCCAACAUUGUUGAUGAAGAAAAUUCUCUGUUGAAUACUUGGAAGGAAGUUUUUGGAUAUACGAUGACAGUUAUGGCAGGCUUAACCACAGCUCUGUCCAUGAUAGUAUAUAGGUCCCUUAAGGAUAAUGUCAGCAUGUGGACAGCAUUAUUUACUUUUGGUUGGACUGGAACAAUAUGGGGAGCCUCAACUAUGUUUUUCCUUCAAGAGCCAAUAAUUCCAUUGAAUGGAGAAAGCUGGAGCUAUCUCUUUGGCAUCUGUAUAUGUUCCACAGUGGCUUUUCUUGGGGUCUAUUAUGCGUUGAGCAAAUUCCAUCCAGCAUUGGUUAGCACAGUGCAACAUUUGGAGAUUGUGAUAGCCAUGAUUCUUCAACUUCUUAUACUACACAUCUUCCCCAGUAUUUAUGAUAUAAUUGGAGGAGCAGUUAUCAUUAUUAGCAUAAUUUUCCUUGCGUGUUAUAAGCUAUCUUGGAAAAAUUUUAAAAAACAAGAUUACCAGGAAAUAUUAGAUUCUUCCGUUAAAUGAAUACAAAAUUAUUGUAUUUUUAUGUAGUGCAGAGUGUAAUUAAUAUGACUGUGUUUGUGUGUAUAGUGCUAUUAACAGCAUAUCACAAUUUGUUGUUCAGAUACAUGACAUCAAGUCAGCCCUAAUACAGUUCAGUAGAGAUGUAUGAAAAUGUCUUUUUAUGAUAUGUGAAAAAUGUUCAAAAAUGUGAAAAUUAUGAAAAUAAUAUUCUUAGUAUACAGAAAGUGCCAAAGAUUAAUGUAGGCAGUUUUUGCUAUGAAAAUGGUAUAUCUAUAUAAUCAUCAAGAACUAAUCUCAGUUCAAUGGAGUCUUUACUUUUUUAUCCUUGGAAUCUAGAAAACAUAAUUUUAUUCUAUAUUUAAAAUAACACAGUAAUCUUGGUGUGGAAUAGAAGUAAAUCAUAACAAUCGUAUUCCUUUACUUAUAAUUAUAGAAAUAAUUAUAUAGAAUUUGUCUUUGAUCUUUGGUAUGUGGUUCAUUGUUAAAUAUAACAU